CCCAAGAACAGUGGUAUUUACUAAACUAUGGAGGUGUCGCUUCUCAUGUGCUUCAUGAUAGUGUUAUGUAGCACCAGGAGUUUCCACUUGCAAGCCCAACAACAGGUAUGUUCUUCAUCAAGCGACUGCCCGAAUGGAUAUCUUUGUUUCCCGGAGCCCAUGCUCAGCGGCAACCGUUCACUCCGCAAUUCAUCCUGCUACCAAUCGAGCAAUCAAUCCGAGCCAUAUCUCAGCGAUUCCGAAGCUUGCAAGCCCUUCUCCAGCGUCAUUUUGAAUGCCACCAUCGCUCCAGACUGCCCGAAUUGCUGCGUCCCAGGCCUAGCUUACAGGACUUUCACUUGCUCUCCAACUUUGCAAGGGACCAACAAUGCCGUCCUCUAUGUCACAAGCUUCAACCUCUCAAAUCCGGGGUCUCUCAGGCCGUGCACGUCCUCGCAAUGGAAUAUGGAACCCAUGGCAGCGCUGGCCACUGGAUGGUAUAGCCAAGACCGGAGCUUGUGCUCGACAAACAUCCAAGUUUUAGCUCCAAAUGGACGGACUGCGGUGGCCAGGAUGGUGGCUCAAUGCUACUCCCCAGACGGGUGUCUCAGCGAUCAUUCGUUCACGGAGCCCUGUGCUCCAAACGCUGUGGCUGGGAACGAGCAAGUGUGGAGGCAGCUUGGGUAUGAUCCAGGCAUUGGAAUCUUGAGAAAUGUCACUUGGAGUGUCACUGAUAGUAAUCUUCCACAGUUCAUUCGAAGCAAAAAGAGUUAUCUGGGAGUGAUCGCUGGGGUAGCAAGCGCUGUGGCCGGGGUGGUGCUUAGCGUCGUAAUCUUCGUUGCAACCAGAAAGUGGAGAAGAUCUCGGAGGAGGCGCAUGGAAAAGCAAGUGCUCAUCGAAGGAAUGAGGCUCGAUGAGAUACUUCCGCACCAGUUUAGCUAUCACGACUUGAAGAUGGCAACUAGAAACUUUGAUCCCGAGCUCAUACUUGGAGCUGGAGGAUUUGGAUCUGUCUUCAAAGGAGAGCUUGUGGAUGGGAGCCUCGUUGCUGUGAAGAAGAUGGACGUAGAGAUCCAAGGCGCGUCGAAAGGACACUCGCAGUUCAAGGCCGAGGUUAUGUCCAUUGGCAGCAUUCACCACUUCAACCUGGUAAAGCUUCGAGGAUUUUGCAUUCAGGGACCAGCCGCAUUGCUUGUCUACGAGUUCAUGCCCAAUGGAUCACUGGACAAGUGGAUCUUCACCAAGAACGAUGAUGACAAAGGUGGCGGAUCAGCAAAUCUGCUGUUAAACUGGAACCAGAGACACUUAAUCGCGUUAGAUGUUGCUCGAGGACUCACAUACCUCCACGAAGGAUGCCGGGAGCAAGUUCUUCACCUGGAUAUCAAGCCUCAAAAUAUCCUCCUGGACGAGAACUUACGAGCCAGAAUUUCCGACUUUGGCCUGAGCAAGCUCGCCGAGCGGGGAAAGAGCCAGGUGGUGACUGUCAUGCGAGGAACUCCCGGAUACAUGGCACCCGAGUGGCUCCACACCAAAGUCACGGACAAGACCGAUGUCUACAGCUUUGGAAUCGUGCUGCUCGAGCUCGUCAGCUCCAAGCGCACCGUCCAGUUCCAUCCUCCAUCCUCCUCUUCCUCCUCAUCCUCCUCACAACCGCGCUUCCUGGGCGAAACCGCGCUGAGCAUGUUUCACAGUGGCAACGUCGUCGAGCUUAUUGACGAGAAGCUCCUGGACGACGAUUUCGCCAGCACUAGCAGUGGCUUGGAGCUCAAGGAUGCCGAGAGGUACGUGAAAAUCGGACUGUGGUGCAUCCAACCCGAGGCAGCAAUCCGCCCCUCUAUGAGAAACGUCCUGGAUAUGCUCGAAGGUAACAUAGACGUUCUUGACUUGCCACCACCUUCAAGUGAUGGUAGCUCCAGAAGCCUCAGCUUCCGACUACCUGGAUCCACUCGUCUAUGACCAUGAUCAUCGAGACCGAGAU